AUGUUUACGACGGCGCACAAGGUAGCGACGCACGCGGCGUCGGCGGCGGGGCCGAGAAUGAAGGGUCGGCGGCCGCCGAGCGUGGUGAGGGAGAUCGUGUACGGGAUGAGCCUGGGGCUCUUCGCUGGGUACCCGUGGAAGCUGCACCACUCGAGCAACCAGCGCUGCACCCGCGAGUUCUACGCCCUGCUCAACGAGGGCAGGAUCACCGUCGUCGUCGACGAGCCGGCCGGAGCCAAGGACUAA